ACUGUGUUGUCAUAACAACAAAUUCUAGUUUAUUUUGAUCGAAAUAAAUACGCUUUUAAACUAAUAAUAUUGCAAUAUUAUUACAGAAAACAAUGUCAGAAACUGUAACAACUAAUAAGACUGAAGACACAGUCAAUAACAACACGACUGUGGAACAGAAACCAGACGACAAACAAAUUAAGCUGAAUAACACAUUAAAAGACAAACUUCGUAAAUAUAUUAAAAAGUUAGAUGAAACAGCCACAAGCAUAACAAAAGAGGAAAGCAUAAAACUAGAAGUUGACACAUUCAAGCAACUAUACAAACCUAAACUAGCCGGCAAAGAGGACUCAUACAAAAAUAUACCAAAAUUCUACUUCAAACUGCCGAGACCUGAUGAUACACUCGCUCAGAAACUAAGAGAAGAGACCAGAGCCCAAUUCUUACAGAAAAAGAGCAAAGAAUUGCUUGAUAACAGUGAAUUGAAACAUCUUUGGAGUUUGCUCGAGAAGACCAAUGGGAGUUACAAUGUGACCAGCAAUGAUGAGCUCAUUAUUGACUACUUUCAGUUUAAGAAGAUUCGGGAUGAAGCGGGGCCUAAGUACAAACCAUAUUUCACAGCAGAAGUAUUCGGUCGUCUCCAAGCGGCCGAGGGUGGUGUGGGUCGCGUGCGGGCGGUGUCACUGUUCAACUACGUGAUGCGAAGAGUGUGGCUGCAGCAGACCAGGAUCGGACUGUCGCUGUAUGACGUCACCGGCCAGGGGUACUUGACUGAACAUGACCUAGAAAGCUACAUAGCCGAGCUGGUACCAUCCCUGGCAGCCCUGGACGGGCUGGACUCAUCCUUCAGCUCAUUCUACGUAUGCACGGCUGCAAGGAAGUUCCUGUUCUUCCUCGAUCCGUUGCGAGUGGGCAGGGUGAGGAUACGAGACGUGCUGUCCUGCUCCUUCCUUGAUGACUUGUUGGAGCUCCGUGAAGAAGACCUGCCAAUGGAGAUCCAGGAGCAGAACUGGUUCAGCGCGGCGUCGGCGCUGCGCGUGUACGGACAGUACCUCAACCUGGACCGAGACCAUAACGGCAUGCUCAGCAUUAAUGAGUUGGCCGGCUACGGUUCAGGCACAUUAACCCGAGCCUUUCUACAACGUGUGUUCCAACAAUGCCUCACCUAUGACGGGGAGAUGGACUACAAGACCUAUCUGGACCUAGUCCUGGCACUAGAGAACAGGAAGCAGCCGGCCGCCCUAGCGUACCUGUUCAGAGUACUAGACAUCAACUGUGUCGGGUACCUAGAUGCUUUCACGCUGAAUUAUUUUUUUAAGGCAAUACAAGAGCAGAUGAUUGCUCAUGGUGCGGAGCCUGUCAACUUUGACGACGUGAAGGACGAAAUAUUCGACAUGAUCCGACCAGAGGAUCCAACGAGGAUCACCCUUCAGGAUCUGAUCCGCAGCGGCCACGGUCACACGGCGGUGUCGAUACUGCUGGAGCUGCAAGGGUUCUGGGCGUAUGAGAACAGGGAGGCUCUGGCCGCCGCCGGAGACCACGCCUGACAUACUGGAUCACGACUCCAAUUCAAUGGGGAUCGGUUCAAAAUAUAAACUGCUUUAUAAGUGGUGUUUUGUACGAGGAACGAGUUGGUUUAUGUUGAUAGUGGUUGGACUCAAAAUUGUUGGAUGUAUUUUCUUAUACGUUGAUUGGUGGACACUUUGAAACAAGCAAAUAGCUUCACUAGAGGACUGACUGACAGACAGACGUUAUUAAUAUUAUUGUAUUUGAUUUGAGGUUCAAAAGUGCCUUCCUGGUCUAUUUGAAAUAAAUAAUGUUGACUUUCACUUAUGUAUUUGUAAAAAAGUUUAGAAAGACGAGUUUGUUCAUAUUGAUAGUGGUUGGACUCUAAAUUAUUGGAUGGAUUUUCCUAUACUAUAUGAUAUGGUUGGAGAGGGAAUUAUGAGGACAAAUAUGAAUGUAAAAAUUAGUAUAAAGUGUGAAUUUAGAAAAUUAAAGUUCGUUGUACGUGUUCGGCGCUCUGGGGCCUUAGUCUGGUAUUACAAUUGUGUCAGAAUGGUCGAUCACUAAGCAGUGCAAGAGGGAAGGAGCUAUACAACCUACAUAGCUCCGUCCCGCUCCCUGAUUGGUUGGUUCAUUUAAGCCGGCUAAUCAGUACCCUUAGUAUGAGU